AUGAGUGAACUUCUCAACUACCUAGUGCAACAUGACCAGAAUUUUAGAAGAGCGCGUCUUCCAGCUCUCUACUCUGAUUUCCGCUCCCAACGGACCCUAAAUCCGGAUGGCUUCGUCGCCAACGUUGCAGCAUGGAAGCGGGGACUCUCUUCUGCCGCACUCGCCGGCUAUACGCCAUCCAAAUCAACCGCGCGAAAUCACUUAAUCCUCGACCUAGACAGUGAUUCCCUCCUACGAUCCCUCGAGAGUAAGCAAUUUGGGCGGCCGCUGGCAUUAGGCACUGUUCUGCAAGAGGCGAUAGCGAACGGGGAGAUGAUGCCGUUGCAACAAUUCCUUAAGGCUAAGGAGAGUAUAUACUACCGAUCAUGGGGAAGCAUACCGUGGUCGGUUUUGUCUUGGGGGUUAAAGCAGGUAGGGAUAGGUGGACCAGGUGACAGCUUGCCUAAGGGCCAAUUCGUCGUAUUGCAAAACCUAGAGGUAGUGGCCAAGGCAUUCGGCGAAGCGAUUGCGGACCGCACAUCGCCAUUCGAGCGAAGCUUUUCGAAGGCUCAUUUCCGACGGACGUUUGCCGAGGGUUUACUUGAGAAGAAUCAACGACUUUCUGAGACCGAUGUUGAGAUAUUAGUAACGUUUCUUUCACGGGAUAAGAACAUACUAGCUACGGACGGGAACACGAUCAAGAUUCGGAGCACUGCUGAAGACGUGGUUAUUACGGAGGAGGACUCGGCGAUCGCGUCCCUGAAGGAGCUGAUGGAGGAUCUCACACGACAGACCGAACUACUGAACCAUCGCAUCGACGAACUAAACGUCGCUGCUCAAGAUGCCGUGCGCAGAAAGAACCGGAUUGCCGCGCUCGCGGCCCUCAAGUCAAAGAAACAGGCCGAGGCGAACCUAUCACGGCGCCACGCUACCCUCAGCCAACUAGAAGAUGUCGCUUCCAAGAUCGAGCAGGCAGCCGACAAUGUCCAACUGGUGAAAGUUAUGCAGUCGAGCACGGUCGCGCUUCGCAACCUCAACGCCCAGGUGGGCGGUGCUGACAAGGUCGACGAGGUACUGGAUAACCUACGCGAGCAGAUGGGCGAAGUGGACGAAGUGGGCAACAUCAUCGCCGAAGCAGGACCUGGCGCUACUAUUGACGAGACAGAGGUGGACGACGAGUUCGAGGCCAUGUUGACAGAGGAGCGGAAGAAGGACGAGGAGGCGGAGAGGAUCAAGCGAGAAGCGCGGGAGCAGAAAGAAGCCGAGGAGACAAGACGCAGGCUCGCCGAGUUGGAGAAAUUGGGACCUUUGCCCCUGCCUGGCCAGGUGGCAGAGAAGGAGACUAGACCUAUCACACCCGUCACGGCGACCGCUAACGAGCUAGGAGAUAUGCACAUACAGAAUGAUAAUGGGGCGCAGAAGAUAGCGCAGAAGGCCGUGUGA